UGAACUCAGUGAAGACGCCCUUAGCAACAACACACAGCUGCACCGUCGAAUAAGAUACUCGCAGCGCACAGAAGAAGGAUUUAACAGUGCAGCUUUACUGCACUGACCUCAGGUGAAGCUUUUACGCGACGGGGAUUCUCCUCCGGUUAUUAAUGCAGUAUAAACAUGAGGCGUGAAUACAGUUAGCCUGCUCUGGGCUAGCCAUCCCCGAAGACGAGCGAAGCACCCCCCCCAAGCUGUCCCGAAGGAGGACAAAUCCUGGGGGCUCUUGUUUGCUAACUACCAAGCCAGCUUACCAGGAAUAGGCACGGGAAUGGUGCUCUGGAUCGACUCAUUGUACUGUCAGAGAAAGGCGAGGGGCACAUGGGUCAGACCAUCGAGCUGUGAUAUUUGGACUCAAACUAACGGAGGAAGCGGCUCUCCGGCGGACGAGUGUUUCGUGGCUCUGCGAGCUAGCUGGCUAGUUAGCUGAGGGAAACGACCCCCACCGCCUGUUCAUUUUUUUUUUAAUUGUAGCUUGGCCCAUGUUAGCCAAGACGACUGUGAGAGCAACACAUGAAAACACAAUAAAACUAAGAAGAAACUACUGCUUACACUGGGAAGAAAGCUUGCUGAUACAGAAAGGAAAAUAACUUGAGUUCAGUCGAAAAGACAACUAACGGGUACUCGGACUGCUAGCAAAACACUACAACAGCAGACUUUUUAAUACUAGUAGCUCAGUUUGCUAGUUUGAACUUUUAUUCUCCUUUUUUUUAAUCGGAUUUUUUUCCCCACUUUGGAUGCUGGCAUCUAAUAUUAAUUGCAAUCAUGAUGAUCAUAAGCCGGAAACCAGAGGGCCCAAUAGCAACAGCUCGCCAUGGUGACGGUCUGUACGACUCGUACAUGAGGACCGACCACAUCCUGAAAGACGAAGCAGACACAAACAGUCCAUCGGGGCUACCCCCAAUGCCCAAACACACAGUUGUCAGUAACAAGGCUGUAAUGAGGGAUCAGGUGACCAUCCGAGGUGGCCCGUCAAAGGUGAAGUACCUGUAUGAUGACUCAACUAGCAACCGCAAGGUCAAUGCCAUAACCACAGCAACCACACUGAACAGUGGGACCACCCAUGAGACACCCACUAAGCCUGCCCCAGCCCCCAGCCUGUCCAAAGAGCACAGUGUGGACAGCACUGAAUCCAGUAAGGGCUCUGUCGAAUCCUCUGGCCCGCAUGUAGCCGGGAAUGGCGUUAACAGCAGCAAAGUGUGCGGCCCACUCACUCCUGAUCAGGCUCUGAGACUGUACCGAACUCAGCUCACCACCCUGGAACAGGCGGAGAUCCACUCCUACCCAGACAUUUACUUUGUGGGACCCAAUGCAAAGAAGAGGCCCGCAAUUGCCGGAGGUAGCAACAACUGCGGCUACGAUGACGAGCAAGGAGGUUAUAUUCACGUCGCCCAUGACCACCUGGCUUACCGCUACGAGUUCCUCAAGAUCAUUGGUAAAGGUAGCUUUGGCCAGGUUGCGAAGGUAUAUGACCACAAACUGCAGCAACACCUGGCUCUGAAAAUGGUGCGCAACGAGAAGCGUUUCCACCGGCAGGCGCAGGAGGAAAUCCGCAUCCUGGAGCACUUGCGGAAGCAGGAUCGUAACGGCACCAUGAAUGUUGUGCACAUGCUCGAAAACUUCACCUUCCGCAACCACAUCUGCAUGACCUUUGAGUUGCUCAGCAUGAACCUGUAUGAGCUUAUCAAACGCAACAAGUUCCAGGGCUUCAGUCUGGCACUGGUCAGGAAGUUUGCACACUCCAUCCUGCAGUGCCUGGAGGCUUUAAGCAGGCACAGAAUCAUCCACUGUGACCUCAAGCCAGAGAACAUCUUGCUCAAACAGCAGGGUCGCAGCGGCAUCAAGGUGAUUGACUUUGGUUCCAGCUGUUUUGAACACCAGCGGGUCUACACCUACAUUCAGUCUCGUUUUUAUCGAGCUCCGGAGGUGAUCCUCGGUUCACGUUACGGCCUUCCUAUUGACAUGUGGAGCUUUGGUUGCAUUCUGGCCGAGCUGCUGACUGGCUACCCCUUGUUCCCCGGCGAAGAUGAGGGCGACCAGCUGGCCUGUGUCAUGGAGCUGCUGGGGAUGCCGCCGCAGAAGGUCCUGGAGCAGGCCAAAAGAGCAAAAAACUUCAUCAACUCCAAGGGCCACCCUCGGUACUGCGGUGCAAACACUUUGCCCACCGGAGCCACUGUGCUGACGGGGUCCCGCUCGCGCCGUGGCAAGAUGAGAGGCCCUCCAGGUAGCAAGGAUUGGAGUGCUGCACUCAAGGGCUGCGAGGACCCCGCCUUUACUGACUUCAUAAAGAAGUGUUUGGACUGGGACCCGUCUUCUCGCCUCACCCCCAGCCAGGCCCUCAGACACCCUUGGCUGUAUCGCAGGCUUCCCAAACCAAUACCCGGGACAGAGAAGAGCCAAGGAGCUUCUGUGAAACGACUCCCCGAGCACCACAGCACCUCCUUUCCCUCUAUUCUGGCCAAGGGGGGGCCUGGCUUAAGCUCUACAACUGCCAGUAACAACAAACUUAGAAGCAACAUGAUGGGAGAUUCAGGGGAGGGCAUACCUCUUCGCACGGUCCUACCUAAACUUGUCUCUUAGAGAGAAAGCAAGAGCUAGAAUCCUCUAAUCUCCUCCCUCGCCACGUUUUUCCACUCCUCAGGAGGAGUCCGAGUACAGGAGAAAGUGGUUUUAAAACAGCUUUGUUUGUUCUUUUAUUUGUUUUCUACUGCGAGGUGUCGACACCCCAGUCUUUGGUUUUUAAUAAUAGUUGAAAAGAGAAAGAGAGGAAUAAUAAAAGAAACACUCAAAAGUUUUUAUACAGCGGCUGUGGAUUUUCCGUUUACAGCCACAGGACGUGGUUUGAUAUUAGAUAAUGCUUUUUAAAAACAAAAGAAAACUUCCUUGUGUGAGUGGACAGCUUGUUCAAUGAGGAAAUGUUUCUAACCUGUGUGCGAUCUCACGUAAGUGUUGUGUUUUGGUAAAACGCACUGAAGCACACCUGCACUGUCACUUGCCUCACUUCACACUCUUAAACUUGAAAAGGGCUACAGAGAUUACUCUUAUCAAGUUAGACUUAGCGAGAUUUGUUCAGCCAACGUAAUUUAACUAGAAGACAAAUUGUUAGUGUUUGGGUUCUGCGAACACUUAACUCAGUUAUCCCUCAUAUAUACAACAUAAAUGCCUUCAGACUGGUAAUACAGGAUUGGCUUUAUGUAGCGACAGAUUCUGAAAACAGCAGUAAGAAGUUUGGUUUUUUUUCCUCUUUCCUUUUUCUCCCCCCAAACACACAAACACACACACAUACACCACUUUUCCUCAUCUCUUGCGCUUGUGUGUCAGCUCAGUGUGUGAUGUUAAUAUUAGCAUCGUGGCACUACUGUGGAAAACGCUGAGAGGGCAUAGGACAGCCUAUUUAUAGCCCACCGUCGUCCUCCUAUUUUCACCGUACACGAGUGGGGAAAAAAUGGGGAAUCGGAAGGACAGUAGAGCUCGGACUCGGUCACAAAGGUGUCGCGCUCGGUACCUCACAACUGGUUUGCAAGACAGAGAGAGAGAGUGAGAGGGAGAGAGCCGUAAGUCAAAGCACCUAAACACCUUUGGGUUGAUUGGCUGGAAAGUUUUGUAUGAAUGUCACCUGCCCGUGCCUGUAAUUGGCUGCCGAGAUUGUUAGCGGUAGUGGUCCUAAUGGGUGGGUAGUGCAAGGAAAGAUAGAUCACGGGAUAAAAUGAAGGGCAGUAUGUUUAAUAUGAGCCAGGAUCUUUUAUUCUCUGGAGGAGAGAUGUGUGGAAGACAAGCCACUGACAAAACGAACGAUUUUAAUGGUACUGUUGAAAGAAACGUUUCUCAGGGAGACAUACUUGAUACAUCCCUUAAUCUUAAAAUUUACUGUGUUCCACUUAUAGUCAUGUAGCCCGACUGUGGAUGAAGAUGGCAUGCAAGCCCAGUCCGUUCAGAGCGAGAGUAUUUACGAGAGUCUGCGAAGGGGGUCUGCAUGCUCCACAAUCUGACCUAGAUUCUCUCUCCUCCCCCACAUUCACUUUUAUUGCUCCUUUUUUUUUUUUCUCACUCUGUCUCAUGUAGGGCAGGGAACCUCUUAAACUCUCACAUACACAGUAAAUAAUGGUGCUGUCCAGAAUGCACACACACAGACACGCACACAGAAACAUGUCAGGUGCAUGUUGGUAUGGACCACACCGUUCAAAGAGUUCUUUCUCUUGUCCCUCAUUUUCUAAGUGAAACUGUCAGGGAUUUCUACUCUGUCUCCAUUUUUUUUUUUUUUUAUAGAAGUGGUUUCUAAUGCUUUUCACUCCUAAAUAUCAAAGGAUGUCAAAUGCAAAAAAAAUGAAAAAAAGAAGAAGAAAAAAAAGAGAAAAGUCAUAUACUGUCAUGUUGUACUAGUGGUGUGAGUUAGUAGGAGGGUGUUUGGUGUUCAGCAUGAAAUCACAACCUGUUAUCAAAACUGAGUGACUAUGAGAGAAACUGUACAGUAACCAAAUGAAGUUGUGAUAGUUUGUUUUUCUAAGAAAAAAUAAAAAUGACUUCAGUGAAC